CGUUUCGCUCUCCCCUGCUACUACACGCCUUGCACACUCUCUCUCCUCCCCUCCCUCCAUUUUCGCUGAUCCAAUCUCACUCCCCCUUUCUCUAUCCUGCAUUUGUCGGCAUGGAUUUAGCAUUUGAAAGACGAAGAUCUCUCUUGCGUGGCCUAUUACUUGUCUUUGUAGCUUCCGUUCUUCUUGUUACCUCCAAUGCUUCAAUUCACAUCUACGAUAAGGAGCCCUUCAAAGAAGUGGGCAAUGCUUACCUUCUCUCCGGUGGCAGUGAAGGUAUAGUAGCUUCUCUCAAUGCUGCUCCUCCGACGGGCAUGUCGUCGAUCAACGAUGGCCAUUCUUACAUUCGAUUUGAGAAUAUCACCUUUAGGAGAAGUAAGACUGCUGCCAAACGUAUGAAGCAUAGUACUGGGUUGGUACAGAUUAUAAUUUUUGAAGCAGCUGAUCGUAAUGAUAUUGGUGGUUCUGCAUAUGGUGGACAACGGGCCAUAUGUUGCACCCCUGAUUUAGCUAAGAUGGAAGGCUGCAAGCAAGGGGAAGUUAUCAGGAGACCUUCUGCAACAGACAUUAAUUGGCCUGUCAUUUUAAAUGUACAUUUCAGUGGAAAAAUCUUAACAACAAGUCUAGAUUUUAAUGAAGUUCCCAUCACGAAGACUGGAAUGUAUAAUUUGUUUUUUGUAGCAUGCAACCCAAAGCUCAAGGACAUGGUAAUGAGUGGGAAGACAAUCUGGAAAAACCCUGAUGGGUUCUUACCUGGUAGGAUGGCCCCUUUAAAGAAGUUCUAUGUAUUCAUGACACUUGCUUACAUGUGCCUUAGCCUUGCUUGGUUUCUUCAGUACGCAAGGUUUUGGGAUGACAUACUGCUGCUUCAGCACUGUAUCUCAGCUGUCAUUGCUCUUGGUUUAUUUGAGAUGGUUUUUUGGUAUUUUGAGUAUGUGAAUUUCAAUAAUUCUGGAAUGCGACCUGUUGUACUCACAACGUGGGUUGUCACCAUUGGAGCCAUAAGAAAAACAAUAUCACGGCUUCUUAUUCUCAUUGUUUCAAUGGGCUAUGGUGUUGUGCGGCCCACUCUUGGUGGCCUUACCUCAAAGGUUCUGUUACUUGGAAUAACUUACUUCCUAGCAUCUGAGUUACUGAAUAUUGCUGAAUAUGUGGGGACCAUCAAUGAUGUAUCAGGAAGGGCAAGGCUUCUUCUAGUCCUUCCUGAUGCUUUCCUGGAUGCAUUUUUGAUAUUAUGGAUUUUCACAUCUCUUUCAAGAACUCUGGAACAAUUACAGGCAAAAAGGAGUUCUGUUAAGUUGGAUUUAUAUAGAAAGUUCUCAAAUGCAUUGACAGUAACAGUGAUCUCCUCAGUUGUUUGGAUAGGAUAUGAGCUGUACUUCAAAGCCACGGAUCCUUUCAAUGAGCGGUGGCAGAGUGCUUGGAUCAUAACUGCUUUCUGGGACAUUCUAGCAUUUGCAUUGCUCUGUGUUAUAUGCUAUCUCUGGGCCCCAUCUCAAAGCUCUCAAAGGUAUGCAUAUUCUGAGGAAGUGGGAGAUGAAUCUGAUGACGAAGAAGCUCAAUCUCUAACGAAGCAAGAAACCGAACUAAGCUCAGUCAAGCAGGAGAAGAAUGCUGGAAAUAAUGAAUCCUUUGAUGAAGAAGACGAAGUAGAGGAAGACAAAAGGGAAUAACGUCUCUCAACAACUUCACUGUCUUGCCAAUUAGGUUGAUCUCACAUUUGUGCCACGCCACCACACACGAGCCAAAAGGUUUAGUAAAAUUAUUUCUUGACCUAUCGGAUUAGAGAGAUGGAACAGCUCUGAUAUGCUUAUUUUUUCAGAAGCCUUUCCUUGUAACAUUGUGUUUGUAAUUAAUGCACAGCGUGCAGUCCAAAUGGUGAUGACCAAUACGGUAUGCUAGUUCUCCUCACCCUUUAAAGUGUAGAGCAGGGUUAGCGCUUGCCCAGGUUGAUGAGAUUGAGUUAAACAAGAACAGAGUCAAUGAAGGUUGACCAAAUUAAUUA